AUGACGCACAUGAAUAACGUGAAAAGAUUAAAUUAUAAUAACGAUGAAAUUUGUAGGAAAGCAGAAGGAAUAAAUGAUAAAGUUCAAUUGUGCAUUUCAAAUAAAGCUAUACGAUUACCAAGAUUAUCAAACGCUCUUAUUAAUGCUUCGUGCAAGUAG